AUGUUGCGUAGCUCUGUGUGUAGAGCUGGCACCCGGGUGCUUCAUGCAUCAAAACCUACCUCCACAUCGGCCUUCUCGACCAUUGCCUCGCGAUCCUCGACGAGAAAGCUCGCUGCUGCCCGUCGCCCCUUGGCCCUGAUCCAGACUACCCAACGUCACUAUGCGACCGCGAACGAAUCCGCCCCUAACCCCAACGACAACUUCUUGUCGGGGAACACUGCCAACUACAUCGAUGAGAUGUACAUGCAGUGGAAGCAAGACCCCAAGAGCGUCCACGUCUCAUGGCAGGUCUACUUCAGGAACAUGGAGAACGGCGACAUGCCCAUCUCCCAGGCCUUCACUCCUCCCCCUUCUCUGGUCCCCGGAGCCACCGGUGGUGUUCCCGCUCUCGGUGCGAGCCUCGGACAGGGCUCUGAGAUCACCAACCACUUGAAGGUUCAGCUUCUCGUUCGCGCCUACCAGGCCCGAGGCCACCACAAGGCCAACAUCGACCCUCUGGGCAUCCGCAACGAGUCCCAGGGCUUCGGCAACAUCAAGCCCAAGGAGCUGUCUCUCGAGCACUACCAGUUCACCGAGAAGGAUCUCGACGCCGAAUACGAACUCGGCCCUGGCAUCCUCCCCCGUUUCAAGAGGGAGGGCCGCGAGAAGAUGACCCUGCGUGAGAUCAUUGCUGCUUGCGAAAAGAUCUACUGCGGUUCCUACGGUGUUGAGUUCAUCCACAUUCCCGACAGAGAGAAGUGCGACUGGCUGCGCGAGCGCAUCGAGGUUCCUCAGCCCUUCAAGUACUCCAUCGACGAGAAGCGCCGCAUCCUCGACCGUCUUAUUUGGAGUUCCAGCUUCGAGUCCUUCUUGGCCACGAAAUAUCCCAACGACAAGCGUUUCGGUCUCGAGGGCUGCGAGACCCUGGUUCCCGGUAUGAAGGCCCUCAUCGACCGCAGUGUCGACUACGGUGUCAAGGAUAUCGUCAUCGGUAUGCCUCACCGUGGCCGUCUCAACGUUCUCAGCAACGUCGUCAGAAAGCCCAACGAGUCCAUCUUCAGCGAGUUCGCCGGAACCGCCGGUGGUGAGGACGAGGGCUCUGGUGACGUCAAGUACCAUCUCGGCAUGAACUUCGAGCGUCCCACGCCUUCUGGCAAGCGCGUGCAGCUCUCCCUGGUCGCCAACCCCUCUCACUUGGAGGCCGAGGACCCCGUCGUUCUCGGCAAGACCCGCGCCAUUCAGCACUACAACAACGACGAGAAGACUCACCGCACCGCCAUGGGUGUCCUCCUCCACGGUGAUGCCGCCUUCGCCGCCCAGGGUGUCGUCUACGAGUGUCUCGGAUUCCACUCCCUGCCCGCCUUCUCGACUGGUGGUACCAUCCACCUGGUCGUUAACAACCAGAUCGGUUUCACCACCGACCCCCGUUUCGCCCGCUCCACCCCCUACUGUACCGAUAUCGCCAAGGCUAUCGAUGCCCCCGUUUUCCACGUCAACGCCGACGAUGUCGAGGCCGUUAACUUCGUCUGCCAGAUCGCUGCCGACUGGCGCGCCGAGUUCCAGCAGGAUGUUAUCAUCGACCUGGUCUGCUACCGCAAGCACGGCCACAACGAGACCGACCAGCCCUCUUUCACCCAACCUCUUAUGUACAAGCGCAUCCAGGACCACGAGUCCCAGAUUGGCAUCUACGUCAACAAGCUUCUGGAGGAUGGCAGCUUCACCAAGGAGGACAUCGACGAACACAAACAGUGGGUCUGGGGCAUGCUCGAGGAGAGCUUCUCCAAGUCUAAGGACUACCAGCCUACCUCCAAGGAGUGGACCACCUCCGCCUGGAACGGCUUCAAGUCCCCCAAGGAGCUCGCCACCGAGGUCCUUCCUCACAACGAGACCAGCGUUGAUGGCAAGACCCUCGAGCACAUUGGUGAGGUCAUUGGUAGCACGCCUGAGGGCUUCAACGCCCACCGCAACCUGAAGCGUAUCCUUACGAACCGAACCAAGUCUGUUGUUGAGGGUAAGAACAUUGACAUGUCUACCGCCGAGGCUCUGGCUUUCGGUUCUCUCGUCACCGAGGGCCACCACGUCCGUGUUUCCGGUCAGGAUGUUGAGCGUGGUACUUUCUCCCAGCGCCACGCCGUCUUCCACGACCAGGAGACCGAGGACACCCACACUCCUCUUCAGCACGUCAGCAAGGACCAGGGCAAGUUCGUCAUCUCCAACUCCUCCCUGAGUGAGUUCGGCGCCCUUGGCUUCGAGUACGGCUACUCGUUGUCUUCCCCCAACGCCCUGGUCAUGUGGGAGGCUCAGUUCGGUGACUUCGCCAACAACGCUCAGUGCAUUAUCGACCAGUUCAUCGCCUCUGGUGAGGCCAAGUGGAUGCAGAGAACCGGUCUUGUUGUCUCCCUCCCCCACGGUUACGAUGGCCAGGGUCCCGAACACUCUUCUGGUCGUCUGGAGCGCUGGCUCCAGCUGUGCAACGAGGACCCCCGUGUCUUCCCCUCUCCCGAGAAGCUCGAGCGUCAGCACCAAGACUGCAACAUCCAGAUUGCCUACAUGACCCAACCUGCCAACCUGUUCCACGCUCUCCGCAGACAGAUGCACCGCCAAUUCCGCAAGCCUCUCAUCAUCUUCUUCUCCAAGGCUCUUCUGCGUCACCCUCUGGCCCGUUCUAACAUUGAGGAUUUCACCGGUGACUCUCACUUCCAGUGGAUCAUCCCCGACCCCGAGCACGAGACGGGUGCCCUCAAGCCCAAGGAGGAGAUUGAGCGUGUCAUCCUCUGCUCUGGCCAGGUCUGGGCUACUCUGUCCAAGUACCGUGCGGACAACAAGAUCGACAACGUCGCUUUCACCCGCAUCGAGCAGCUGAACCCCUUCCCCUGGCAACAGCUGAAGGAGAACCUGGACCAGUACCCCAACGCCAAGACCAUCGUCUGGUGCCAGGAGGAGCCCCUCAACGCCGGUGCAUGGAGCUUCACGCAGCCUCGCCUUGAGACUCUGUUGAACCAGACUGAGCACCACGACCGCAAGCACGUCAUGUACGCUGGCCGUGGACCCAGCGCCUCCGUUGCUGCUGGAAACAAGGGUCUCCACAACAAGGAAGAGCAGGAGUUCUUGGAGAUGGCCUUCAGCGUCAAGCAGGACAAGCUGAAGGUCUGGCUCAUCUUAUACGGCCUCAUUCUUCAUCGAUUACCAAUCAACCCAUACUCUUCUCUCGAGAAACCCGGCAUUUUCUUCGAGUAUUUGAUCACGAUGAAGAUCCUUGAGGCUCAAACAGCGGUCUUGACCAACUACGAGGUCUACCAGCACCUCACCGAGAAGAAGCUGGGUCAGAAGAAACGAGGCGAACGCCGUGGUCCUGGGAACCUGGAGACACUGGCCAAGGAGCUCCUCCAGUACCUGCGUACACCGCCCAACCCGCUGAGCCAGGAGCCCAUCACAUACCGCCCAGACUGUAUCACUCGGCUUCUGGAGAAGCUCCGUCCCUACGACCUCGCCAAGGGUGAAGUCGUCAUGAUCCUCAACCUUCGCCCCGCCUCCGUCGCCGCGUUGAACACCGUCAUUGAAGACAUGACGGAGCGCUUCGACGAAACCCAGCAGGAGGACAUUGUCCACAUCAUCGCGGAGGUGCUCGGCUCGUUCCCUCAGGAAGCCGCAGAGGAGGAGGGCGGCGAAGACCAAGCGAACGGUGCUGCUUAG